AUGGAGAAGAACGAUCCCGCCAUCGGCGUCACCUCGGGUGCCGAGGUCGACGAGACUGCCCCCACCGAUACCAUCACCAAGUUGAAGCAUCUCAAGGAACAUCACCACUGGGAUCCCAACCUGCCACAGGAUGUUGAGGAGGACCUGGAUCAGGCCCUGCACACCGACAGCAAGGGGGCCCAGAUCGAGAUCGCUCAUGAGUUGCUGGACAACUCCAUCUAUCCCGAGGUCCGCGCCGCCGUCUCUAAUGUCGACGAGGGAGGUCACUCCAAUACCAUCCGCGCCUGGGUGAUCGGUCUGCUCUUUGCCACCAUUGGUUCCGCCCUGAACAUGCUCUUCUCGAUGCGUCAGCCCUACAUUGUCAUUCCGUCCUACAUUGCCCAGGUCGUCGCCUACCCCGUCGGCAAGGCCUGGGAGUUCUGGAUGCCCAACAAGAAGUUCAAGUUCUUUGGCAUUGACUGUCAGCUCAACCCCGGCCGGUUCAGCAAGAAGGAGCACACCCUGGUCGUCAUCAUGGCUAACGCCACGUUUGGUGGUGGUGCCGCCUACGCCACAGAUGUUCUGCUGGCGCAGCGCGCCUUCUACAAGCAAAAGUUCGGCUGGGCCUUUGAGAUCUUCAUGUGUAUCUCAACUCAGAUGCUCGGCUUCGGUCUGGCUGGCUUCUUCACCAAGUUCCUCGUGCAACCGGCCGCCAUGAUCUGGCCGUCCACCCUCAUCAACACCGCGCUCUUCUCGGCCCUGCACGACCAGACCAAGCCCGACCCCAGCAAGGUUAAUGGCUGGAAGAUCGGCCGAUACCGUCUGUUUCUGUAUGCCAUGAUUGGCUCCUUCUGCUGGUACUGGUUCCCCGGCUACAUCGCUCCCUUCCUGAGUGUGUUCGCCUGGGUCACUUGGAUCAAACCCCAGAGCCCCGUCGUCAACCAGCUGUUCGGCGGCUGGACCGGUCUCUCCAUGCUCCCCAUGACCUUUGACUGGACCCAGAUCUCCGGCUUCAACUUCAGUCCCCUGAUCGCCCCCUGGUACGCCAUGGCCAAUACCCUGAUCGGUAUGGUCGUUUGGUUCUGGAUCGUCACCCCGGCUCUCCACUACUCCGGUCUCUACUACUUCAAGUAUCUGCCCAUCAGUGACUCGCGCAGUUACGACAACACGGCGCAUACCUACAACGUCUCGCGCAUUUUGACCCCCGAAUUCACCUUUGACCUGGCCAAGUACAAGGAGUACUCCCCUCUGUUCCUGUCCACCACCUUCGCCAUCAGCUACGGUCUGUCCUUCGCCGGUAUUGUCGCUGUCAUCGUCCACACCGUCCUCUUCCACGGAUCCGACCUCUGGGCUCGAUUCCGCGCCGUGAAUGCGGUUGAGGAUGAGGACGUCCACAGCCGUCUCAUGUCUCGCUUCAAGCCCGUCCCCGUCUGGUGGUAUGCGGCCAUCACUCUGGUCAUGAUCGGCAUGGCCUUGGGUGUUGUGCUGGGCUACCCCACCCAUAUGACCUGGUGGGCGUUCUUCAUUUCCCUGAUCAUUGCCGUCCUCUGGUUCGUGCCCCUGGGAAUCGUCAAGGCCUCAACCAACAUCGACAUCGGUCUUAACGUCUUGACCGAGUUUAUCAUCGGUUACAUGCAACCCGGUCGCCCCAUGUCGAUGAUGCUGUUCAAGACCUACGGAUACAUGAGCAUGUACCAGGGCAUGUACUUUACCCAGGAUCUGAAGCUCGGCCAUUACAUGAAGAUCCCCCCUCGCGUGACAUUUGCCGCGCAGAUGGUGGCUGGUCUGUGGUCGUCGGUCGUCCAGAUUGCCGUGAUGAACUGGGCCCUGGGUGCCAUUAAGGGUGUCUGCGAUCAGGACCAGCCCAACCACUUCACCUGCCCCAACGGUCGCGUUUUCUUCAACGCGUCGGUUAUCUGGGGUGUCAUCGGCCCGGCCCGCAUGUUCUCGGGUGGUGAACUGUACAACGGCAUGAUGUUCUUCUGGAUCGCCGGCGCCGCUCUGCCCGUCAUGAUCUACCUGGGCGCUCGUUACUUCCCUCGCAGUCCCAUCCGCUACCUCUCCGCCCCCAUCAUCUUCAGCGGAUCCGGUCUCAUUCCUCCUGCCACCCCGCUCAACUACCUCUCCUGGGCCAUUGUCGGGUUCGUCUUCAACAAGCUGAUCCGUGACCGCUACCGCGGUUGGUGGAUGCAGUACAACUACGUUCUGUCCGCCGGUCUGGACGUCGGCCUCGCUCUGUGCACCAUCCUCAUCUUCUUGGCUCUGAAUUUGACGGACACCAACUUCCCCUCGUGGUGGGGUACCGAUAUUGCGGCGAACACCAUGGAUGCGGCUGACGAGGCCAUCCAAAUCGUUCUCCCCAAGGGCGAGAAGUUUGGACCGGCAUCGUGGUAA